UCUUCCAUUUCAGUGGAGGCUGCACAAUGAAUGAAAAUUGUGUGUGAAACUUGAUAUUGUAACUCUGCACUAAUUUAAAAACUCGGCUAGGAAUUAAAAAAGUGAUUUGAGACGAAACGUAAAAAUACAGUCUAUUUUUCUACAUUAUUACUACAGUGUGCGGUAAUUAUAUACUUUCGAAGUGGGAAGUGAACUCAUUGUUUUGGUUGUACCCUGAUAAUGUUUGAGAUAUAACAGUGAAUAAGACUUGCAGAAAAAAGAUAGAGUGUAACUAAUAUGCCGGGAGGAAAUCAGUACAAUUUCUCGUACCGACGCCGUCGCAAUGAACAUCUCGUGAGAAAUAACGUUCGUUUUAAACAGUAGUUGUGCAUCAGACUAUGUACUGUGUGUGUGUGUUAGUUACGCAUCCCAGAAUGAUUUAGUGCCAAAGUGCAUGUGGACAUGAGCCUUUCACGAAGUAAGGCCCAAAUUUUGGACGGCUUUGAAGGAUCUCACAGAUACGUUUUCCAGAGGUUUGUUUAUGGACCUCUGAGAGACCAAAUCCAGUGUUUGGCAGACGCCCACCGAUGAUGAAUGCAUUUCUUGUUGUUUAACACUAAUAAAUUGUUUUCCGGUGGUAUGCAGAAGCAAUCCGACGGCUAUGUAAUUGAUCAGCACCAGGGAUUUUUUAGCUUGUAAAUUGAUCCAUAGUGAGGAGAUCCUCCAGAAUAUAGAACGUGUCAGAAGAACAAGAAUACACAAUAUAUAUUUCCAAUGAAAAACACAUACAAGUAUGCUAAUGAGCCUUCCAAAGAUCCCAAGUGGAAUGAUCGUCAUGGAUGUAGAAUGAGCUGAAAAAAAAAUUUAAACAUAUUUUUGUGUAUGAGGUGAUGGCAGAAUUUUAAGCUUCGUGGCAGAUCAUUUCUGAUAUGAUGGAUGGUGAAAGUCUGGAUGCACAGCAAAGUAGCCACAGAGAGUUAAUGGCCUCUUUAGAAUCACGCAAGAAUUCAAUAGAGCUGAAACUGCAAGACUGCACUCAAGAAUUGAAGGAGCUGUGUAUUAAAGAAGCUGAACUAACAGGAGUUCUUCCUCCUGAGAUACCAUUAGAACCAGGCGAGUCUCCUCCACAGUUUCGCAAGCGUGUGGGCACAGCUUUCCAGUACCCAGAAAACUUAAUAAAUGGCUGCAAGAUAUCAAAGUCAAAAGAAGAAGAAACCAUUGAUACCUUGGAACUGGCACUGAAGAUUCAGACGGGUAUUGUGGAAGUGGCACUCGGUCUAGCAAAUGACCCCAAUGCAAGUAAAGCAGUACGCCGUAAGCGUAGACAAGACUACCAACUUGCAUAUGAACGUCUUCAGGAACUGAAGGCACAACUGGCUAACUGCCGUCAGGCACACAAGACACUGAAGCAAAGAAAAAAGCCACGACCACCACUUGACUGUGAAAUAGGCACCAGCACAUUGCCAAUCCAGAAGGCAGAAAAUGAAACAGAUCCACGAUGCCCAAAUUAUUGGCACCAAACUCAUGAUGAUACAGUUGAUGGUGUAGCUUUAUUCAGACAUUCUGCUGCCCAAAAUGUUUUUUUGAGGCACCCGCAGGAUGCAAAAGCUGUUUACACCCUUCAGCACCACAGGCAUGGGUACUAUCAGUCACAUUUCGUACCGGGCCAAUAUGGAGGACAUCACUAUCCAACACUUGCUUCAUGUGCCCAUCCAGAGUUGGAACGUAUGGGAUACUGGACACAUCAUGAUCAUAGUCCAGUUUCAGUAAACAGGAUACAUGAUGUCCCAGAUCAAGAAAAAUCUUGGUACUCUUCGACUCAUCAUCCAGUUCGUGGGGUCUCGUCUGAAUGUAUUGAGUCACAGCAUGAUCGUGAAUGGUUUGGAAGUCUAGACAGAAGAAAGGUGGUUGGCUCAACUCAGAGUGAUGCUGAUUAUAGCUCAGACCCAAGGUGCACAGACAGAAAUAAUGGAUACUGUCUCGUUCCACCGCACGGACAUUUCACACACAAAGUGUCAUUGCCUCAAACACUGCUCCCAAAUCAGAUGUACCCUGAAGCUGCGAGCAUCGAUUCGCACGGUUUAGUGCGUGCACACUCUCUUGACAGUGUCGGACAACAACAUAGUGGAGUGGAUCACUGUUCUAGCAACAGAAAGCCCAAAGAGAAGGAGUGGUACGAAACAUCAUUAGAUUCAACACCUCGACGCACGAAGCUCAUUUCUCAGCGACACGGUAGCCCCAUUUCUCAGCGACACGGUAGCCCCAUUUCUCAGCAACACGGUAGCCCCAUUUCUCAGAGGCAUGGUAGCCCCAUUUCUCAGCGACACGGUAGCCCCUCUGUAAUUAGGACAGGAGGAACUACAGUGAAAAUGAUGAGUGAAGAUAUAGAUGUCAUUUCCCGUGACCCAUCUGCUCUCAAAAAGUGUGAAGUGAGCGCCGAAGUUUGUAAUAAUGAUGUGUCACAUAAUGGAGAAAUAUCCAUACCUAUUAGCGUUCGUGGCUUGUUGUCUUCACCUGUGUCUGCCACUUUAGAUGGUGCACGUUCCGAAGGUAGUGAUACUUCUGUUACUACGAUGACUGCAAAUACUGCUACUACACCCACAAUGCUCACUGUAGGUAGCUUCGAUACAAUUGUUCCUUUUGAAUCCCCAAAGAAUCAUACUGUAGUUCAAGCUGGUAUGUGGCAGCCAUACCGUGAAGUGACAAAGCCAUUUGAAAUGUCAGAUUUUUAUAAGUACAGUACAAAAUUCCGCAAAGCAGCAAGUAAUACUUGUCAACAGCCUCAGGCCUCACCCCAGCAAAAAGGAAUAUAUCAGCCUCUGCAGCCCAUGACAUGUAAACCUUUGGAUCCUGCUGCAUCGGAUGAAUUAAGGGUCCAGGAUGCAUCCCCAAAUACUUCAGUUAAAGAUACUGUAACUCCAGAGUCAGUUGGAGACACAUUCUCAAAUGAAAUGUUGGCAUGGUAUCAAGAUCAGAAUGUUCCUAGAUCUGCAACGUUGGUGUGAUAAAUACUAGUUUCCAUGAUGCGAGGAGCUUACCGUGGAAUACCUAAAGGCAUGAAGAAUUUGUAAACAAUUAUGACAGUGUGAUUUGAGAAAUGUACAGUCGAUUGUGAUGAAGUUAACGAGUCUGUGUACUCCCCGUCUUCAAUAAUGUGCCCCCGCCCCCACCCGGCCAUGUGGCCACACUGACCAAAAUGAUUUUGUGUAACACAUAGUGCCUUAUAUGUUUAUGAAAUUGUAAUUUUUUAAGAAAUGUUGAUUUAGUGCAACAAUCCCCGUGUUUGAGUACAAUUGAUGCCUUAAAAGUGUGAUAUUUAAGUGAAUGAAAAAUAAUUUUAGGAAUAUUUUGAUGAAAUCAGUAUGACUGAUGUUUUAUUUGAGAUGAAUUUUCACCUAAGAUGUGUGUGGGAACUUCGAUCUCUCUCUCUCUCUCUCUCUCUCUCUCUCUCUCUCUCUCUGCCUGCCCCCUCCCCUUAUAUAUAGAAAUGGCGCAUAAAACCAGACGUGGAACAAGAUUGAACAGUUUUGUGAACCAGAAAUUUCCAAUUUUCAUAUAGUUGAAGCAAAUUAUACAGUACCAUGUAUCAAAUUAAACAGCAACCUCAUCAACAAUGUCCACCUCUGUGUAACUAAUGGAGGCUGUUACUGCUUGGACUUAAAAUAUACAGGGUGGCCAUAAUAGAGCUGUCUUGGAAAAUGUUUAUAAAUCUGACACAAAAUAUAUUACCCUAGUUAAUGAACAGGAGAACCAUUCUUUAAAUAAGAGACUGAAAAAGGCCACCAUUGAUAUUAUUUCAGAAAGCUCUUUGCAGCUAUCAUUACAUUGUCACAAAAUAUCAAAAGAACUUUUGUCGCGAGUUGGAAAUUUGGCUACCGUGUUUUGAAAUGUGAGCAGCAAUACAUUAAUGAUUUCAGUUGCAAACUGUCCACUGUCUGUCUGGUAAAUUUUGAGUGUAUAAGUUGAGAUUAGCUGAUAUUCUUGAAGACAUUUAUUAUUAAGAAUUUAAUAUAGGAUAAGCAUUUUUGCAUUUGUUGUUGAAUGUGCCAUAGAACUGGAGCAUUCACACGUAGAACCUUUGUUUUUCAUUAAUUUUCCUGUAGUAAUGAUUAGUGUUACUGAACCUAUCCUGAUAAUUUUUCCCAAGGCCAAUUUGAGUUUCAGUGUUAGUCAAAGUAUCUACAUUUGGCCUACUCCCUUUCAUGAACUUUUGCUGAUUUUUGUCUAAUGCUGAAACAGUUGUUGAGAUAGUCAAAUAAGAUGGCCCAGUGGUAUCAGUUUUAUUUCAUUUGACAUGAAAUUUGUACUAUUAAUAUUGAACCCAUGAAAAUGAAAGUUCUGUACCUGCUCAAAACUGAAGCCUAUUGCUGAUAAUUUAUUGAAGUUAUUUUCUUUCCUGCUGAAUAUGAUAAGUAAUUUGUAUUCAUGUCAUUAAUAACAAGGCCUCUAGGUUGUGUGGCAAUAUUUGAAGUUUCUGUAUGACUACUUCUAGAGUCAGAUAGAAAAGAUUAUAGGAAGGACAUCCUCUUGUCUGACUUUUGUAUUGAUGCUAAACCAUGUACUUAAUAUUCCGUAUACUCACACUGCGGUGCUGGAAUCAGCCAGUAGUUCUUGAAUGAGUGAGAAGUAUUUAGAUGGUACACGAAAUAGUUACACGUGAUUUAGCAUGUCUGCCUUAAUAUUAUCAAAGCUAUUUCUGUUUCUAAUGCAUUUCAUAUUUCUUAUGAGUGAUGCUGUCAAAUAUCUGUAAAAAUGUGCUUUUUUUCCCCGAUACGUAGAACCCAGUAACUCAAAUGUUUCAUUUGUGGUGUGAUUGUGAUUAUGUAAUCCUUGUCUUUCUGUGUGUAAAGUGUAAAGCUGACUCCAUUGUAAGUACAGCUACACCUCAUUCACAAAAUUUCACCUGUUACUGUAUAAGUUACUUUCAGAUUAUCAUUUUUAUCUAAUGUGUGAACUCUAGUUUCAUCAUCAUUAAGUAAUGUUCCCAUGCAAUAAUGUUCAUGUAUAAAACAGGAUCAUAAAAACAGUAUAUUUUUCAGAAUAUCAAUUACCUUUUGUCUUGUGGCACAAAGCUAUUACAUUAUUACAGAGAGGAGAAAACUGCAAGCAGAGAGGGAGAUGGUUAUGUAUUUUGUACAUAAAUUAUACUUGUACAUAUCAAGAGACUGUAUAACUUAUAUUUUUAUCACAAUAUAUAUUUUUUG